AUGGCAGAAAAACGCAAACUCCCUCCACGCGCUGGUCGCGAGCCCGCGGCUAAGCGACGUGUCUCCGAAGCCGCUCCAAAGAAGAAGGCUCCGACUCCGCGUGUGCCAUCGCCGCCGCCCGAGCCUGUUGAGGCACCGUUGCCAUCGAAGCUCAGGGAUGGUGAGCCAUUGCCGGUUAGACGUGCCCGACAGCCAGACUCCUUAUCCGACAUGGAAUAUCAGUCUAUUGCUGAAAGCGCAGUCCUACUCGCAUCACUUGAACGAUCGAAGAAGAAAUGGUUGAGCGACGGUAUUCUGGUUCGAUACUACACAAAGCCAAAAAAGACAAAGCGCGAGCAGAUUGAGAGAAACAACCCGCCCAAGGAUUCUAUGGUAAAGGUCGGACUUUGCGACGUCACCGUGGGCCCUCAUUAUUUCGAUGCCAUGUUGUAUACUGUCAAAGACCCAAAUGCGCAACCGCAGCCGCUUCAAUAUGCACCACCGCGCCCAAUGAUGCAUUACAAUGGCCCGAAUAAUUUCCAGCGAUACCCUCCAUACCCAUCUCCGAAUCAACAACGUCCGCCCUAUCCUGCAGCUCCGGCCGGCCGCCCUCCACAAGGAUAUCAAACUCCGCAACAACGUGCACCGAAUGCGUCGUCUCCAUCUGGUCAACGGCCACCUCAAGCUAGCCAGACUGGCCAGCCAGCCAAGCCAAGUCCCGACCCCGUUAUCCAGAUGCUUGCCACGAGGGCAGCGGCAGAUCCCGAGCUGAAGGCACUGAUGAGAGUAGUUGCCUCUAGUCAGGCCUCACAAGAACAACUCCGCGCUUUCCAAGCUCAUAUUGACGAGCUCAACGCAAUCAUCAAGGCCAGGGAACAGCAGCAGAACGCAGCCGGCCCAUCCACACAAAAAUCAGCUCCUCAGUCAGUAACGCCUGCACCUCAAGAUAAGCCGACUCCGCCACAACCCGAGUCUCAACAAAAGCAAGGAUUGGGGGCGAAAACAUUACAAGAGCAGGAAGCCAAGCCACAGCCCGCGGCUCCGGUUGAAACACCAAAAGAGCUCGAGAAGCCAGCGUCAUCAGAUCCGAAAGCUGCCCUGGCAAAACCGUCAUCUGGGGAAGCACCAUCUGGUAGUCAGUCUCAAACACCAGCACAGACGCAAUCUGUUGCUCUUUCACAGGACGCUGCGGCACCUAUCAAGCAAGAAUCGAACACCAAUAACACCCAAGCCGCCCUCACGGUAGCGCAGCCAGCAGUACCAACUUCAUUGGGGACUCCCGCUCCUGCCGGCUCUCCUGCUCAAACUGCAGCUGGCCCUUCACGCCCUCCGCCGUAUGGUUCCCCCACACCCUAUUAUCGUCCCCCCGGGCCUCAUCAACCUCAAGCUCGAACUGGAUACAAGUCCGUUGUCUUCGAAUUCACCUCUCCUCUCACUCCGUACGGAAACGUAAAUUCCGGUCAUGCCGGUUCGGGAGAUCGCUAUUUGUUCCCGGAAUAUUCGAUCUUGGAAUGGAUCCCCAGCGAAAAUGUUAUCCUAGCAUCUUUUCUCAUUGUGCGCAAGGUCGAUCCCUCCAAACCAUUCCCAAUCGAACCUGAAGGCGAGCCGACCACCAGUCGAGCCAAAAGCAAGGCCUCCAAAUCCAAGAAAGGCAAAGGCAAAGACGCGAUCGAGCUUUCAACACCCAAUCCAGCAAAUCCCACAGAUACUCCUCAGAAGAUCGAACCUACAGACAAGACAGGCAUAAAUUCCAACCCGUCUGUUCCUGCCACCCCCGGCACUCCCGCUGAGCCCAUCGUUAAGGAAGAAACCCUGAAGGAAUACUGGCAGCCCGUAACAUUUCGGAUUCACGCCAGUAACCCCAGGAUUCUGGAACCCCUCACUCGUGUUGUCAAGCCGGCCGAAGAAGUCCGCAAAUACAUGAACGAGAUCAUGGACCGUGCUGAGCGAGCCCCGGACGGCUUCCCAGCUUUCCGCCUACCCCGUGAAGAUGCACGCGAAGCCUUCGAGUCAGAAGGCACACCGGCCUCCGGGACCAAUGUGAUCCGCAGUCGACCUUCCCGUGCUGCCAUCAAGGCACCCGAGGAAGAGUCCGAAGCUGAGAAUGUGCCUGACGUGGAAGAGGAAGAAGAUUUGUUGGAUUUCUACGGCGCACCGAUGGGAUUGCCACCGCUCAAAGCUCUGAGAGCGUAG